AUGUUGGCACCUUCGCGUGACCAAUCGGCCCCACCCAAACACUCACAAGUCGCACCGCCAACGCUCCACCACCAUCUCCAGCGUCCCACCCGGAUCCUGCGCUCGCCGAACCUGGAGAUCCAAGACCUUCUCGCGGCGGAGCCUGCCCGGGUGAGCCUGACUCCACUACCAUAUGAUGCCAACGGCCUCAAGCUGGUGUCAAGGAUUGCAUUGAAGUGGAAAAGCCGAUUCGGCCAAUCCCCUGGACCUGUUCCCACUGCCUCUCAAAGUGAUCUCGGACACGGGUGUCCACUCCAGCCGACCUUGACCCAACAGAGCAGUCCCGAUCAAAGGGCAAAACUCAGAAGACAUUCUCAUCUUCCCCCGGGCCCCAGGAUGACUGGCGCCAAGUCGUUCUCAGACGCCAGACCACUCAGGGACCUGUCCCCAGCAGCCCCACCUCUCAAGCCCAAGACUAGCUCAAUCUUCGGGGCUAAGAAGAAAGGCAUCUCUCAAAUCUCUCGUCCCAGGUUACUCACAGAAGAUCCCUGGAACACCCAGAUCAGCCUCCAUCGUUCUCCGAGCCGACAUCGUAGAAACAUCCCCGUCGACAUGGAUUUCGCAUGCUUCUCGCCAUCCAAUCCUCAGGAUAUCUCCAUCGACAGUAAUGACUACGCCGCUUCGACCCUCGACUUGCUCCACUUCUAUCGGGAAGUCCACGGCUAUUCUCCAGCCAGUUCCUCCCUGGGCGCUAGUUGUUCGCCCCGCUUAGGAAUCCAAUAAGCCACAAGCUUGUAAAAUGCCCCACCACCCUUUGGAAAGUUUCAUCGGAACUCUGCCGGCUUUCGGUCCACAGAUAUCCCCCCAAACCACACAGACAUUGGCAUCAUCUCACACUAAUUCUAU